AAGAAUGAGGAAGAAGUCUGGUGUGCUGCGCGCCUUGUCCCAACAAAUGCGGGCUUGCUGAUGAAGCACCUCCGGUCAUCCGAUCAUACAGGUCACCCAGGUCGAGCUGCAUGGAAACGAGGAGUAGGCAACAAAAGAAAAUAGCAGCAACAAAUAACCCGGCAGUGCAUGGGAAUCCAGACUCUUCCCUCCUUUCGUGCGUCUCGAUCGGUGGAUACGCCGUCUUGGCUGGCAUAUAAGAGCUCCCUGCGUCUCCAUUACCAUUCCCCACUACUGGCUUACCUCUACUACUACUACUCCUCCUCUUACUCCUUGUUCUGCUAAUAAUAUUAGUAGAGCUAUAGUGCAGCUUUUACUACUGCCUUCUCCGGAACGUGGUCACUCACGGGAAUAAAAGGUUCAACAUCCUCACAGUACUGGUCUUGACACCAACAUGGGCCAUUGGGAUCACUCCUCCUUUCUAUCCCCUACCCUGAGGUUAGCAGUCGUUACGGUGAUCCUCCUCCUCAAGCUUCAUCCCUCAUUGGCCGGGGCGCCCCCUGAAACAAGCCUGGGUAGCUCUGUUUCGGCUGUGUCCACCAAUAAAACUGAAUGCAGCAAGGCUGAGCAGUGUGCAGCGGGGGUGAUUCUGCCUAUUUGGGAGCCCCAAAACCCAUCAUUUGGAGACAAGGUCGCCCGUGCAACAGUUUACUUUGUGGCUUUGGUCUACAUGUUCCUGGGUGUGUCCAUCAUUGCAGACCGCUUUAUGGCAUCAAUAGAGGUUAUAACGUCACAGGAAAAGGAGAUCACCAUUAAGAAACCCAAUGGAGAAACCACCACCACUACAGUCCGGAUCUGGAAUGAGACCGUCUCUAAUCUUACCCUUAUGGCUUUGGGCUCUUCAGCUCCUGAAAUCCUACUGUCCAUUAUAGAAAUUGUGGGUCAUGGGUUUCACGCUGGUACACUGGGACCCUCCACUAUUGUGGGUUCUGCAGCAUUCAAUAUGUUUGUCAUCAUCGGACUUUGUGUGUAUGUCGUGCCCGAUGGUGAGACGAGGAAGGUCAAGCACCUCCGUGUCUUCUUUGUCACGGCCACCUGGAGUAUCUUUGCCUACAUUUGGCUCUACCUGAUUCUGUCAGUGAUCUCACCUGGAGUCGUGCAGGUGUGGGAGGGGCUGCUCACGUUCCUCUUCUUCCCCAUUUGUGUGGUAUUCGCCUGGGUGGCCGAUCGCCGCCUGCUGUUUUACAAGUAUGUGUACAAGCGCUACCGCACUGGCAAGCAGCGUGGCAUGAUCAUUGAGACCGAGGGUGAUCGUCCACUUCCUUCCAAGGUGGACAUUGAGAUGGACGGGAAGAUGCUAAACUCUCACGGUGUUGACUUCCUGGAUGGACCACUGGGUUUAGACAUAGAUGAGAAGGACUUGGAUGAGGAGGAGACUCGGAGAGAUAUGGCCAAGAUCCUGAAGGAGCUCAAACAGAAACAUCCUGACAAGGAGGUGGAGCAGCUCAUUGAGCUUGCCAACUACCAAGUCCUGAGCCAGCAGCAGAAGAGCCGUGCUUUCUAUCGAUGCCAGGCCACCCGACUGAUGACGGGUGCUGGCAACAUCCUGAAAAAACAUGCUGCUGACCAAGCACGAAAGGCCGUGAGCAUGCAUGAGGUUCGCUCUGAAGCUGGUGAAAACGAUCCCAUCUCUAAAAUCUUUUUUGAGCCCGGUUCUUACCAGUGCCUUGAGAACUGUGGCACAGUGGCAGUGAAUGUGGUGCGGCGCGGUGGCGACCUGGGCAAAACGAUUUCUGUGGAGUACCGGACAGAAGACGGCACAGCCAACGCCGGCUCGGACUACGAGUUCACUGAGGGUGUAGUGGUUUUCAAGCCAGGCGAGACGAUGAAGGAGAUCCGUGUGGGGAUCAUUGAUGAUGACAUCUUUGAGGAGGACGAAAACUUCUUGAUUCACCUUUCCAGUGUCAAGGUGUUGACAUCAGAAGGCGAGGAGCCUGAGGAAGGCGAGUCAGCUAAUCACGUUGACUCAGUGGCCUGUCUUGGCGUACCAUCCACAGCAACCGUUACCAUCUUUGACGACGAUCACGCCGGUAUCUUUACAUUUGAGGAACCUGUAUGCCAUGUGAGUGAGAGUGUUGGCAUCAUGGAGGUGAAGGUGCUGAGAACAUCUGGGGCUCGUGGCGUGGUCAUGCUGCCAUACAAGACGUUGGAGGGAACAGCACGAGGUGGUGGAGAAGACUUCGAAGACACUCACGGCGUCCUGGAAUUUCAAAAUGAUGAGAUAUUCAAAACCAUCAAGGUGAAAAUAAUUGACGACGAGGAGUAUGAGAAGAACAAAACCUUCUACAAAGAGAUUGGGGAGCCUCGCCUGGUGGAGAGCAAUGACACCAAAGGUCAGGAAGAGGAGGAACAACAGAAAGAAGAAGAAGCGGAAGAAGAACCAUUGACGGGAAAAGAUGAAGAGGAGCGGCGCAUAGCUGAAAUGGGCCGUCCGAUGCUGGGAGAUCACGUCAAACUGGAGGUGAUCAUUGAGGAAUCAUACGAAUUCAAGAACACAGUGGACAAGCUGAUAAAGAAGACCAACCUGGCUCUGCUGGUAGGAACCAACAGCUGGAGAGACCAGUUCAUAGAAGCCAUCACUGUAAGCGCAGGUGAAGACGAUGACGAUGAAGAGUGUGGAGAGGAGAAGCUGCCCUCCUGUUUUGACUACGUCAUGCAUUUCCUCACUGUAUUCUGGAAAGUUCUGUUUGCCUUCGUCCCGCCCACAGAAUAUUGGAAUGGCUGGGCCUGUUUUGUAGUCUCCAUCUGCAUGAUCGGACUGCUCACCGGCAUCAUUGGGGAUCUGGCCUCUCACUUUGGUUGCACAGUGGGCCUGAAAGACUCUGUCACAGCAGUAGUAUUUGUUGCAUUGGGAACCUCAGUACCAGACACAUUUGCCAGUAAGGUAGCUGCUAUCCAGGAUCAGUAUGCAGAUGCAUCCAUUGGUAAUGUGACAGGCUCCAAUGCUGUUAAUGUGUUUCUGGGUAUUGGGGUGGCGUGGUCCAUUGCUGCCAUCUACCACAACAGCAAGGGCGAGGAGUUCAAGGUAGAUCCUGGCACUCUGGCUUUCUCUGUCACACUCUUCACCAUCUUUGCCUUUAUCUGCAUCGCCACACUGAUGUACCGACGGCGACCAGAGAUCGGUGGAGAGCUGGGCGGGCCCCGGACUGCAAAGGCCCUCACCACCAUGCUGUUCGUUAGCCUGUGGCUCCUCUACAUUCUCUUCUCCUCACUGGAGGCCUACUGCCACAUCCAGGGCUUCUAAGAUAAUGGGAGAUGAUGAUGAGAAGGGUGGGACAAAGGGAGAACAUGGCGGAAGCAACAAGGGGGAGGUGGAUGAAUGGAUGGAUUUAGGAAUUAAGGCUGUCUCAUUGUUCUAUAACCCCACCCCUCGCAAUAGAUUUAAUGAUAGACAUCUAAAAACAGAAUGGCAGGAGGCACAGAUGCAUGGAAGGACAACAAUACAUGAGAUUAAUAGGAGCAGGAGAAAUUACCCAGAAGAUGGAAGCAUGAUGAAAAAAGAAAAGAAAAAAAUCAAAGGGAUACAAUUGUGUGUCAGUCUGCAAAUCCAAACCAAUCAAGUUUUCUUAUUAAAUGUAUCCCAACUGGUUCAACCAUGUAGAAAUACAAUGCAUUUAAACACAUGGAGUGAGAGGUUAAAACAGAGCUACGCACCAUGAAAGCUCCUAACAAGAACGUGUGGUCUCAACAGUAACCCUCGUUCAGUGCAGUGCAUCGCCUGUAUCCAGCCACAGUAACAGGCAGGAGUGAGACAGACAAAGAAAGAAUAACUGUAUCAGUGUGUACAUGCAUGACCAGACAAUGCUGAAAACACAAUCAGAAGAAACCGGAUACAUUGCCGCAAUUGUUUCAUGACAACUAACUGUGUGUGUGUGCUGGUGUGUGACAGUGGGUAUCUGUGCUUGUGUGUUGUGGGAAGCUGGUCAAGUACUGUGAAAAAAACGCCUCUCGUCUUGCUGUCACCGCGUGAGACGGGAUAUGCUUUUCGUGUUCGAGGUUUUUUUGACUCUCGCUCUCCCAGCCUGUAGAAAUGCUGAGUAAGACUCUUUCAUAUGAGGGCACAUUCAGUGAGGCAACAUGUUUUAAACAUCACUGAGGUUAGAAAUGUAAAUAUAAAGAGCUGAUCGUACAUUACAGCUUCACAGGUUUUUCCUUCUGAAUGUCUUGAUUAUGCCAUUCGCUCCUGAACGGGCCCUCUUUCUGUUGCUUAAUACUGUAGAUGUAAAUGACUUAAGGUCUCAUUUGAACCAAGAAGAAGUGGUUAGUGUGCUUUUACCUUUAAUAAGGUCAUGUCUGAGAAGACAAAAUGGCCACUCUACCGUUGAAAACUGUUAGAAAUUAUUAUCAUUGCAUAAAUAUCUAGGGGUUUUUGUUUUGUUUUGUUUUUACUGUGGAAUUAAGUUACCUGGUGUUCCAGAUCUGGGAUGGGAUUGCCGCCAUCAUUUCUGACUCAUAACAUUUCAAUAGGCUAAAAAAUAUAGGUUCCACCCUCUGUGAAAUUUUAUAGGCCUUCUUUAUCUUAAUUUUCUUAGCCAUCACUUAUAUCAUAUGCUGCUUGGUUUACACAACAGCGUCAGUCAUUAGCUCUGUGUCUUAAGCACCUCCCCCUUGGCUGGUCGCUUGACCAAUCAAAAUCUUCAAGGGCUUUGUAACAACCACUAAUCCCUAACCUUAACCCUUGAUUUAUAAUAUUUCACAUAGAUUGGUCAUUAGGGGGACAUAUAACAGGGGUUUAUAUUGCUAAACUGCACACAUUUCAGUUAAUAUAGCUUUGCUUCAGACUACAACAAGACUACAUGAGAUAAUAGCUGCACGUCUUUGGUAUUUUACUACACAGAGCAUCCAGAAUUUCCCAGAUAUUGUAAAGUAACCUGCUGCUUCUAAGUGCUUGUUCAGCCAAGGCUUCAACUUUUCAUGGGGGGGGAAUCUUUCAUUCCAAUAAACAAUACCCAUGCUAUGUUAUUUUUGAGGCCAAAUCAUUAUAUGUCUAAAUAUACUAGUCUUCAGGCUAGAUGGUCAAGGCCUUAACCUAAAGGAAGCAAUUACCAUCUGACGUUAUUCAGCGGUAAGCUGCUUUUAAACAAAUAACCUUAACGUGAUCUGUGUGACAUACUCGUUCUUGCUGAACCUGGAACAUGAAUUCAGCUGCCAGUUUUCAGUCUUAACACAAAAGCCAUCAGAUGAAGGGAUAACUAAAAAUUAUUUUCUCUUGGGGCAGAUGUUGGUUUACAGGAGGGGGGGUAAAUUGUGUUGUACUGCAAUAGCCCUGUGUGUACAUGUAACACAGGCUACAUCUAAUCUCAGACAGCCUCUGUUUGACAAGUCUACACAGGUUCUGAGACAAUAGCAGAAAGCUAAAAGGGAUACAGUUACAACCUAGUCCCCUCAUCCCUGCAAACCUCUGGGAAAAUGGCCUCCUCCUGUUGUGGAGUAUAUUGCCCAGUGUUUAAAUGUUCAUUAGCCAUGCUACCAUGGUAAUCCACCCUGGUUAAAAGCUAUUAAACUACUAAAAUGUCUCUCACUUUAUGACACAGGCUCAAACCAUCUCUAUUAUUCUAUGUAGCAUACUUUUGUUGGUUUAAUGAAAAUUAUUGUACACUGAUCUCAGCCCUUCUCUAACUGAAGUUUGAGCUUAAAGUUUGGUGUGUGUGCAUGAUGGGACAGGGGUCCACUUGCACUUAUUUUCCAUCUUAAUAAUGUGUUAAUAGCUUAAAAGGACACAGGGGCAUAUCUUCUUUUAUGAUUCAGUAUUAGAGAGACAAGAAAUCAAUCCUAAAACCACAAACACAGAGGGCCUGAAAUUAUGUAAAUUUCUAAGUCUAUCUUGACUGUCAGAGAAGUUUAGACUUUAGACUGUUAACUAUUGCAUAAAAUCAUCUAAAACCACAAAUAUCUCAGCAUACAAAUAAAUGUAGGCAUUGUAAAAGUCCAUAAGUCCAGAAUUUCUCUGCUGAUGUGUUUUUUACUUGAUGUAUAUGAUAAAUUGUAUUUUAAAUGUCAUCUGUAAAGAAAGUAGUCUGAACUAGGUGCGAUCCAUUUCAAACUUGGCAAGAAGCUUUUCACAGACAGAUUUUAACCCCUGAGAAAGUAGCCCUGGACGGGCCUGGGUUGGAUCAGUUUGGCAAAUCCAGAGUAUCUUGAGGAUAGAAAUAUACUUUGAUUCUUCUGGGUUUUGUAAAAUUCUAAUUAUUAAAGGAGUGGAGAACUGCAUUAGAAUGAAAUUUUGAAAAGACAGUACUACAGAGAAGUCCAACACCGUGGCUCACAGCUUUAGUAAAUGCUUUGUUGCUGCAAAAUUGUUUGUCGCACAGUUUGGAAACAACUAAGAAGAGACAUUUAUUGUAUACAUCUUUUAAUAGCUAGAGUAUUAUGAAAUACUGCAUUACUCGUAUUUGCCAAACUAAGCACAAUCUGUGGCUCUCCAUUAGAGUAGCUGUUCUUAAGUGAAGGCCUUGGAGUGGCAGUUUACCCCUGUUUUGCCAAAGGGAAAUCUUUAUAUCAGAUACUUAAUGUUUGCAGUCCAAACUUUAAAGGGUUUUCUAACCAGUGGAUCUUUCUUAAAAGACCAAAUAUCAUUCAUAGUUCACUAAUAAUCUGAAAAGCAUCAAAAAAGCCUUGAUGUUUUAACCUAACUCAAAUCUUUCUAUUUAAAUUUGUAUGUAUUUGUCUCUUCACUGGCAUGGAGCUGAGGGUUUAUACACUGUAAAAAAAAAUGCUAGCUUGCAUAAAAAAAGGAAUAACAUUAUAGAAGCUGUACGCAUCACUUUUUGAGUACCUUCAACAAGGUAUUAAUUGUCUUUGAUAUUGCUAAAUCAUGUUGGAUUUACUUAAAGUGCGCAGCUGCCUAAUACUUUGAGGUGAACUAUUGAGUGAAAAGGAAUCGAGUGCUUGCAGAAAUGCAGUUUUGUGCAUCAAAAAAGAUUUUGUGCGUAUUUUUUUCAGAGGUUAACAGUUUUCUUUUAUGGGAAUUUAGCUCUUUUGCUGCACCAGCUUUGUUGCACCGCCUCUCUUGAGCGUAUCCACCUUGGCUUAAAAAGCUAGUCUGACAUGAAGCUUAAUGGCAGAUUAAUGACAGCUGUUCACAGAGUUUGAAACAAGGUGGGAAAACUGAAUAAUAAGAUAUUAGCUGUUAUUUCGCUAAAGGUUUUGUUAGCUAUACAUCAUCAAAUAUUAAUUUUCUGGUUGCAGUUAACUUUUUCUUUUUCUUUUAGCUGCAACUAGCAACUUUCAAGCAAAGACUGUAAAGCAAUUUGUCCCAACUCAAGUCACAAUAACACUUGAAUCCAGCUUCCUGCUUUGGUUUGAAAUUCUGCAGAUGAAGGGUCAAAGGUUAGCCAGGCCAUUGCUGUAUAUAUUAACACUAACAGCAAGCAAGGUGUAGAAAAGCGAGCUGUAGAUUGCAUUUCUUUUCAUUUUGUUUGAAAUAGAAGUGGCCAGAUUUUUAAAUGAAAGACAAGCAUUGCACUGGUUCUUGUCGCUUAUGUGAAAUGGCUACUAUGUUGGUUCAUUUACAGAGUUGCUUCUGAUGUAAACAACAGAGAUUAUGUUUUUCUGUCUCUGAUUUACACAAUAAUAAUGAUGUACCUGAUGUAAAAAUACAGUGGUGUUGAAUCAGUUGUAAACCAUUAACAAUGUUGAUUCUAAUGUAAGGGUUGACGAUAUGUUUCCGUUGCCAUGUUCACUUUUUAACUGUCUUGUCUGGCAGACCGAGGAAUACAUAAAAGCAACAUCAGACAGACAAAAUGAGCAAAAGGAAGGACAAACGCCCCCUACUGGUACAAGUGGAGCAAUAUUUGCUACAGAAAAAAAAGUACCGUUGGAAAUAGACAUUACCAGAGCUAUUCUCUACCUUAAAAUGAAACACUUAACAUGUACAGUGUAAAAGGAUGGUGAUAAAGAAAAGGAGGAGGAAAAUGAAGAUGACGUGGAAGAAGAUGAAAAUAAUAAUGAUAAUAAUAAUAAUUAAAAAAUGAAGUUACAGCCAUAUGUUGAUUUCUGGGUCAGUGAGACUGAAAUGGACUUCUCCUGCCCAGCAUGUGUAUUGUUAUGGUGUCUUUAUCUGUCCCUGUGUCUCUCCACCCUCUGUCUCGCUUUCUCAAUCUCACUGCUGCCAAAGUAACCAAAAUAGGCAGUUCUCCUUUUGUUCUGUAUCUUCUUCCCGUCCCCCUUUCUUCCCUCUGUCUCCCUAUGCCAUGUUUUCCAUAUUUUGGAAUGUCAAUGUGCUACUUGUUGACACUGUGCAUGAAUGAUAACAUGUCUGUAUA